AUGAAGGUACACAUGCACACAAAAUUCUGCAUCAUUUGUUUGCUGACAUUUAUCUUUCAUCAGUGCAAUCAUUGCCAUGGAGAUGGACAUAACAAUGGUCCUAAAAAGGAUUGUGUACACUACCACAAUGACUAUCAGAUCUCAAAUGAAUCAUACUUCCAGAGUGGAGGAACAGAAUCUGUGCCGAGUAAACUUUCAACAUUGGAAGCUGAAAAUGAACAGAAAUACUACAUUGAAAAGAUUUUUGAUCGCUAUGGUGAAAAUGGAAGAUUAUCUUUUUUUGGCCUGGAAAAACUGUUAGUAAGCCUUGGUUUAGGAGAGGUAAAAGUGGUGAUGAUAAAUCAUGAUGAUAUUGGUCAUGACCAUGUUUCUCACUUAUAUGCUUUAGAAGUCCAGGAGGGAAAGCAUUUUCAUUCUCAUAACCACCCUCAUAGCCACUCAGAGUCAGAAAACCAAACCAUGGUUGGCAUGUCUGCAAAGAGGAAUCACAAAUGUGACCCUGAGAGAGAGGCAGCAGUGCCAUCAGUGAAAGAUGAUGGCAAACACGUUCAUGACCAAAGUCGCCAUCGCCAUCAUCAUCACUCUCGGCCACAUCGUCACGACCACAACGGCACACAUCAUCCUCGGAAUGACUCGGUGAGUCACAGUGAACACGGAGAGCAGAACCACGAACCUUCAACUGAGACAAACACAACUCAGGACCAGCCAGAAAGAAAACAACGGAAACAGAAGAAGAAGCAAAAGAAGCUCAGUGAGACUUCAGGAGAUGCCACAUGGGAUUACACUCCAGACCAUGAUCCUGGUGAUCAGAAUGAGCACAAUCGUGUUCACAAACAUGACCAUGAACAUGAUGCGUCUCACUUGCAUGUGCACCAUCGUGACCACAGCAGUGACCGUUCUGCUGGUCAUGGACACCAGGAUGCCAGUGUAGGGCAUGACAGUGGACACCGCCACACCAGCAAGAGAGAGGCACCUCGGAAGCAGGUUAGUGUCAGAAAAGGUGCUCGUUUCUCACCGUGUAGGCACAAGGAUCCCGAUGGAGAUGAAGGUGAUCGUGAAGAGUGCUUAAAUGCUACCCAGCUGCUACGGUACUAUGGCCUGGAAAGCAGCUCUCUGAUCUCUCCUGAGCUGUUCGUGUACUUGUGUCCAGCUCUGCUGUACCAGAUUGAGAGAAGGCUUUGCAUUGUGCACUAUGAUGAGCUUGAAGAUUUUAUGAAGAGUAAAAAUGCGUCAAGUGAGAACAGAGAUAAAACAGGUGCAUCAGCCUGGUUUUGUGGUAUCAUCUCCAUCACCGUCAUUAGCCUGCUUUCCUUGCUAGGUGUGAUCUUGGUUCCCAUCACUAACCAAUGGUGCUUCAAAUUUCUUCUAACUUUCUUGGUAGCUCUGGCUGUAGGAACCAUGAGUGGAGAUGCACUGCUCCAUCUGUUGCCACAU